AUGGGUAAGUGUCAUAUAACAAAGGCUCAAGACUCGCCAGCAGAUUACGUCAACACCCACAAUUUGGCGAGAGAAGAACUAGGAAUUAAUAUGACAAAUCUUGUUUGGGAUGACAAAAUUGCUGCUUUUGCACAAAAUUAUGUUAAUAAAUGUAAGGAUUGUAAGCUGGUCCCCUCAAACAAAGAAGCAUACGGGUAUGGCGAGAAUCUUGCAAUGAGUGCUCGCAACCUGAGUGGUGUAGAUGCGGUGAACUUGUGGGUGGCUGAAAAACCCCUAUAUAAUUGGUAUAUAGAGAGAUGUGAGGGUGGCGAAUGUGGUCAUUAUACCCAAGUGGUUUGGGGAAGUUCACGACGUGUUGGAUGUGGCAAAGGGAAAUGUGAUGAUGGAAGAACAUUUGUUGCUUGCUAUUAUUAUCCUGCUGGCAACGUUCUUGGAGAAGUUCCAUUCUAA